CAAACAGCCCUUGAAAUGUAUGUUUUCCUUCAGGCAGAGAAGCCCACGUUGACGAAUGUUAAUUUGGAUAUCCCUGUUGGGAGCUUGGUAGCAAUUGUUGGAAGUACUGGUGAAGGAAAGACAUCACUUAUAUCUGCAAUGCUUGGGGAGCUUCCUCCUGUAGCGGACGCGAGUGUGGUAAUGAGAGGAAUGGUUGCUUACGUUCCACAAGUUUCAUGGAUUUUUAAUGCAACUGUACGUGACAACAUUUUAUUUGGAUCCUUCUUUGAAUCUGCGAGAUAUGAGAAGGCAAUAGAUGUGACUGCAUUGAGGCAUGACCUUGACUUACUGCCUGGUGGUGAUCUGACUGAGAUUGGUGAAAGAGGAGUGAAUAUUAGUGGUGGGCAGAAGCAAAGAGUUUCUAUGGCUAGGGCUGUCUACUCCAAUUCUGAUGUAUACAUUUUUGAUGAUCCCUUGAGUGCUCUGGAUGCUCACGUGGCUCGACAGGUUUUUGAUAAAUGCAUCAGGGGAGAAUUAAGAGGGAAAACCAGGGUUCUUGUUACAAAUCAGCUGCAUUUUCUUUCACAAGUUGAUAGAAUCAUCCUGGUCCAUGAAGGUAUGGUGAAAGAGGAGGGAACGUUUGAGGAGCUUUCCAAUAAUGGCACGCUGUUCAAAAAGCUGAUGGAAAAUGCCGGCAAGAUGGAAGAGUAUGCAGAAGAAAAAGAAGGCGGCGAAACAAUUGAUCAGAAUGGUGAAAUGAUUGAUCAGAAUGCCUCUUCAAAACCUAUUGCCAAUGGAGUUGUUAAUGUUAUGCCAAAAGAUGCAAGCCGUGUGAAAAAACCAGAAGGAAAAUCUGUUCUUAUCAAACAAGAAGAACGAGAAACAGGCGUUAUUAGCUGGAAUGUCUUGGCAAGGUAA